UGAUCGACUUCCCGCAAAGGCAGGCAAAGGCGCACAAGCGUGAGCGAAAACGCUUUCACAGCUUCUCUUCCGCAUAAGUGAAUGUGACAGCAUACGCGUUGCUUUACGGAAAAAAACAAACAAACAAAAUGCCUGUUCAUACGAAGGAACACAUACAGGAGAAGCUGAAAAAGGAACUUGAAGCUACUUACGUGGACAUGCAAGACAUUUCUGACGGGUGCGGCGCCAAGUUCAACGCUAUCAUCGUUUCUCCCAAGUUCGAGGGAAAGGCGCUGUUGGAACGACACAGGAUGGUCAACUCUGUCCUUGCUGUAGAGUUGAAAGACAUUCAUGCAUUCUCAAUGAAGACCAUGACACCUACACAGUGGGAAGAGAAAUCUAACGCAGAGAAGUCUAAAGGAUAAUCAUUAGUAAUGGUAUAUGUGGAUUACAUGAACUUUCUUUGCACAAAUGUUGCAUGCACUUUUGUACUGCCUAACAUACAAAUUCAAGCACAUUUAAUAAAAGAAGCAAACUCGUGA